ACUGGCAAAAGAAAAUACGGGACACACGACGUCCCUGCUGUCGUUGCUGUAAGUACUCUCAGAUAUUUCUCAGCUUGGCACGCGUUACUCUGCCAAGUGUGUUCCCAGAUAUCAGUUUGACUUUGAUCAGUCUCUUUUUUUGUGUUACAUGAAGUAUACAAGUUAAUCAUCUAAUCUGCCAAAGGCGUUAUUCCUAAUAUCAAUAAUUGAAGGAGUUUGCUCUGUAAGUGAUUUUCUGCAGCUGGCAGUACCUGUGCCACCACUGCAUACUUCUAGUGGUGAGUCAUAUUUUUGGCACAAGAUAAGUUGCGUUUUUGCGAAAACGAAAGUGAAAGCAUUCUUUUUCCGAGUACAGAGUGAACGCAAGCAAACAUUUGUUCGGAGAUCACUAUGAGCACUGUGACAUCAAGCUUGAAUAAAUGGCAGAAGAAUAAGCUCUGCUCAUUGCUCAACCAUGCUAACCUCUGCCUGCUGUUCAAAGCCAGUGUGCAUGGGUUCACUGCUGCUGCAUUUCACCAAAAGUGCAAUAUGCAGGGACCAACUGUCAUUGUAGCUUACAAUAAGGCUGGAUACGUUUUUGGAGCUUUCACUAGCAAGGAUUUCCGCCAAACCAACCAAAAUACUGCGGAUGACAAAGCUUUUCUCUUUAGCUUUAAUGACAAAGAAAUGAAAGAGGAUCCUCUGCGUGUUGUCAGUGGAAAUCCCCAGUACGCUUUUACUGACAAUGGUCCAAACUUUGGCUCUUUAGUGUUUCUUCACAAUAAUACAGCCACUGUCCACAGUAAUCCAGGAACAUACCAGUUUGUUCCACAGAAGAUGCAUGGGAAUAACUUACAGCUGGCAGAAUGUGAGGUGUACAGAGUGGAGGAUAGCAGAGGACUUAUGGAGAAACCAUGGAGAAAUGUGCAGUGGAACUCUGAGAAGAGACAGGCACACUUGAGCACCAUCUCUAGCUGGAAGCCUUCUGUUAACUCAGUCAAACAGGCUCGGAUUCUUUUGGUGGGUCCAGUAGGAGCUGGGAAAUCAAGCUUCUUCAACUCCAUCAACUCUGUGUUCAAAGGUUAUGUGAGCAUUCAGGCUAACACUGGCAUUGCUGGCACCAGUUUGACUACUCAGUUCCGUACCUACUACAUCAAGCCAAGCAACAGUGUCACCCAUGUCCCCUUUACUCUGUGUGACUCGAUGGGUCUGGAGGACGGUGAAAACUCUGGUCUAGAUGUAGAGGAUUUUACCAGUAUUUUGAAAGGUCACGUUCAAGACAAGUAUCAGUUUAACCCAUUAGUGCCUAUACAGCCAGGCUCCCCUCAUUUCAAUAAAUCUCCUGGCUUGAAGGACAAGAUUCACUGUGUGGUUUACGUGAUUGACAUCAGCAGAGUCAAGCUCCUGCCUGACAAAAUGAUUGAGAAGUUUGUGGCUUUUCGAAAGAAAGCCAACCAUCUAUCUAUUCCUCAGCUGGUUCUGCUUACUAAGGUGGAUGAGGCCUGUCCUUUAGUGGCAGAAGACGUGAAAAAUGUCUACCAGAGCCACUAUAUCAACACAAUGAUGCAGGAGAUCAGCACUAAGCUUGGAGUUUCUCUGUCUGCUGUGGUCCCAGUGAAAAACUACUACCAAGAACUGGAAAUAGACUCUCAAACUGACAUACUGCUUCUGAAUGCUGUGGUUCAGAUGCUCAGAGCCGCUGAGGGCUAUUUUGAUGAUUUUUACAAUCCAGAAGAAAAGUCUGAGUAAGAAAAAAAAAAUUCCUGUCUGACCAAGAGUUUCUGAACAUAGUUAGUAGACUGAAACAAAUGGUGUAGAAACAAUUUUCCAGUAAUAAUUACAAAAAAACAGUAACAGUAAAAUAUUAAUUAAAAUUAAAAUAUAAUUAAAUCAAGAAUAAUUAAGUAGAAACACAAAGAAAAAUCGAUCUCUAUCUUAAUCUAUUGAAUGCUAAUAUUGUAAGAUUGCAUUUUCAAUCAGUGUAUAAUAAAUAAAAAAUAAUUAUGCUUA